CCAUCAUACCCCAUCUACUCCCCCCAAAACAACAUCAACAUGGCAUCCCCCCUCCCCCACAUCCACCUCCUCUGCAUGGACGACCACUUCAGCCAAACCCUCCAAACCCUCCUCUCCUCCCCAACAACCAACACCACCAACUUCCCCCAAAUCACCAUCCACAACUGCUCCCUGUCGUACCUCUCCACCACCACCUCCAUCACCUUCGACGCCAUCGUCUCCCCCGCCAACUCCUACGGCCGUCUCGACGGCGGCUUUGACGACGCCAUCUCCCGCGCCUUCUCCCCGAAGCAAGAUUACCUCGCUCUGACCCGUCACGUGCAAUCCAUCCUCUACGAUGAAUAUCGCGGCUUCUUGCCCCCGGGGUCCUGUAGAUUAAUCCCCAUCCCGGAGGAAUUCACCCCGCUGUCGCGGAAUAUCUGGAACACGAGAUACCUGGCCCUGUGUCCGACGAUGAGAGUACCCCAGGAUACGCGCUGGGAUCGCGAGGUCGUGUAUGAGUGUCUUUGGAGUUUGUUUUGUGCGGUGGAGAGACAUAAUCGGGGUGCGGAGGAAGCAGAGAGGAUUGAGAGUGUGCUCAUGACGCCGUUGGCGACUGGGUGUGGGUUUGUCUCGCCGGAGAAGUGGGCCAGGCAGAUGGUGUUGGCGAUGAGGCAUUAUGUGGAUGCGGUGAUGGAUCCGGGGAAAUGGUCGGGUUUGGAUUUGAGGAUGGCGGGGAAGUUGGCGAGGGAGGUGGAGGGGACGUGGGAGUUGUGAUUGUUUUUUUUUAUGGACUGGUGGUUGAGUGAGAUGUCUAAAUGGGUGGAUGGAAUGAUGCGCACAGGAGGUCAAGCAUAGCCGUUCUAGCACAUUUAACACUCCAAGCUAACUGCGAGGGUGCCAUAAUCCAAUCACUGCUACAUCGUCGGGUUGACACGAUGCGUAAAUGAUAAUAUGAAACAUGUUGGUGCGCUACUCUGGUCGAG